ACUACCGCCCGGCCUCCAGGAAGAUUUUUUUUAAACAAACCCAUCCUCCUUCCAAUUCUGUAUACUUCAUAGGAAAUACUAGAAGGAUUACAUAGAAAUUUAAAAGCCCAUUGCAGCAAAUGUGAUUUAUACUCACUAUCUCCACUUCCUCUUUUCUGUUACCCUACUCCACUUCGUAGUUCCAAUUUUUACCAUUUUAGCAAAGUUCUAUGUAGACAUAGUCUAAAGAGUCAAAUCAUUACAAAAAGGAAAAGAAAAAAGCCUUCUGGACUGUGAAAACUGGUCUGUCUGGACAUUCUGCGAAUUGUUCUCCAGCUUAAUUAAGAAACAGACUUGGUCCAACCACGAUGACAACAAUAAUAACUACAACAGGAAGACAACUAGGGCAACAAAAGGGAAUAAAUAAAUAAAUAUUUUUAAAAAAGAAACAGACUUGGAGUUACCCCCCUUGUUGAUACCUCCUUUAGUUCUCUCCUCCCUGAAUGCUGGUUGGAUGGACCCCUUGGACUUGUUCUCUACAUUUCACAAUAAGCCCUUUUGCUAGUGUUAUGCAACUCUGGCUAUACUUUUAUAUGUUUGUUAACGAACAAGAAAGAAUCAGAGUAUCGCUCUGACGUACUUGGUGCCGGCAGAUCAGACUGAAGACCGUACACUUGCAAGCCCUGUGCUCUGCGGCUACACCGUCUCCCAGGCCUGCACUUUACUAACACUUGAAUAUGAAUUAGGUCACCAGGCAGAGCGCUGAGUUAGAACUGUGUUCCUUUCUUCCUCCUUCUCCUCUCCUCCUCCUCCUCCUUUUAGUCCCCCAUCUUCUCUUUAUUCUCCGUUUGGGAGAGAAGAUUUCUGAUGUCUGGGAAUCUCUCUAUCUCUCUUCCUCCCUUUAUAUUUUGCCACCAGGGUUAUUACUGGGAUUUGGUGCCUGCAUGGAGAAUUAACUGUUCCCGUCAGCCUUUUUUUUUCCCUUUCUUUUUCCUUGACAGGACAGAGGGAAGGGGAGAUAGAAAAAGAGAAAGAGAGAGAUACCUGCUGAACUUCUUCACCAUUCCUGAAGCCAUUCUUCCUUUUUCUUUUCUUUCUUUCUUUCUUUCUUUCUUUCUUUCUUUCUUUCUUUCUCCCUUUCUCUCUCUCUCUUUCUUUAUUUCUUUUGAUAGAACAUGAGAGACAGAGAGAAACAGAGAAGGGAAGAGGUUGGUGGCUUUGCCCUAGGACUGUUAAUCACUAUAUAGUCAAAUGCAGACAGCUUGUGUAAAAAUCCAACACUCUGGCCACUGUAACAGCUUUAAUCACAGUGAGGACUUAGUCCAUUUAUUUAUUUAUUUAUUUGGAAAUACAGGGAAAAAUUGAGAGGGGGAAGGGAGGUUGAGAGGGGGAGAGAAAGACACCUGCAGCCCUACUUCACCAUUUGUGAAGUUUCCCCCUUGCAGGUAGGGGCAAAAGGUUUGGUCCUGGGUCCUUGAGCAUGGUAACUUAUGCUCUCAACCAUGUGCACCAGCAUCACACUCCUAUUUAUUUGUUAAUAUAUUUUAUUUUUGUUUUAUUUAUUAUUAUUUUUUGCCUCUAGGGUUAUUGUUGGGGCUUGGUGCUGGUGUCAGAACUAUGAAUACACUGCUCCUGGUAGCCAUGCCCCCCCCCCCCAUUUUACUGGUCAGGACAGAAGGAAACUGAGAGAGGAGGGAGAGAGAAAGACAGACAUCCACAGCCCUGAUUCACCACUUGUGAAGUAUCCCCCUGCAGGUGGGGAGCUGGGGGCUCAAACCCAGAUCCUUGUGUGGGUCCUUGCACUUAGUACAAUGUACACUUAACUGCUAAUAUGAUUUUUAUGUUCUAUUUAAUUUUUCAUUUUAAUUUGUGAUUAAUACUGUGUUGCAUAAUUGUAACAUUACAGGGUAUAGCUCCAAACCACACCCACCAAUUUAUUCUAUUUUAGUGGGAGAGAGAGGUACAAGGGAAAAAUAGAGAGACAGACAGAGAAAGGGAGAGUGACAGAGAGAGAGAGACACAGAGAGAGGCCAGAGCACUGAUCUGCUCAGCCCUGACUUACGCUGAUACCGGGGAUUGAACCUGGGAUCUUGGAACCUCAGGCAUUAAAAUCUUUGAAUUUAGUCUAAAUGUGCCUCCCUGGAUUCCCUCCCUCCUCCCAGUUCCUAGGAAGGAGCCAACCUGAGAAUAUAUGUCACUCACCAUGCCCCUUCCUGUUGAGCUCUGCUUUUACUGGUUGCAGAUAUACCCAUUCCCAAGCAGAAGCAGUGGUUUAAAGAGACAUUUGAUCACCUGUUCACGAUCGCCAAUUCUGCAGAAGCUGGAGAUGCUGGUGUCCAGCUGGUGUCUGGGUAUUUCUGAGCCCUCUGUCUGAUGAAGUACCAUUCUGGGCAGACGUGGUCCUGGGAUAUCGCAGGAUGACAGAGGCUGAGCUGAGGAAAUUCCCCCAGCAUGUGUCUGGCCAGGCUUUCACAACCCUGAAGUGUGAAGGCCCUUCCUACCUCCCGUGGCUGGAGAAAAGGUUGAAAAGUAAUGGGGGCCUGGUACUCACCCGAAGAAUUGGAGACUUGUGGGAGCUCUGCCCAUCCUUCGACCUUGUGGUCAACUGCUCGGGUCUUGGCAGCAGAAAGCUUGUGGGGGAUAUGGAAGUUUUCCCCGUGAGGGGUCAAGUGCUUAAAGUCCAGGCUCCCUGGCUGACACAUUUUAUCCGAGAUGGAAAUGGGAUGACGUACAUCUACCCUGGCACCUCCAGUGUCACUCUUGGUGGCACCAGGCAACAGGGAGACUGGAAUCUGUCCCCAGAUGCAGACACCAGCAGGGAUAUCCUUUCUAGGUGCUGUGCCCUGGAGCCCUCCCUCCAGGGAGCCCGUGCCAUCCGGGCGAUGGUGGGCUUGAGACCCUGCCGGCCAGGGGUGCGGCUGCAGAAAGAGCAUUUACACCAGGCAGACUGGACGCUGCCUGUGGUCCACCACUAUGGCCACGGCAGUGGGGGGAUCUCUGUGCACUGGGGGUCUGCUCUGGAGGCUGCCAGGCUGGUGAGAGAGUGUGUCGGCGUCCUCAGGACCCCCACCCCCAAUUCAAAGCUGUAGGUGACUGGAAAUGACUGAAAAUGAUCCUGGAAUCGGUUGAUCAAAACAUCAUGCUAGCACCAGAACAUGUGCAAAUUACACAUCCAUUACAGGAAAGUUUAGGUACACUCUUGUUCUUGAAAUUAAAAACAAGGCAGGAGAGCUGACUCUCUGGGUAGGGAAUUACAGUAAUUAAAAAAGUAAGAACAAGGGAUGGGUGGUAGCAUAGUGGGUUAAGUGCAAGUGGCACUAAGCGCAAGGACUGGCUUGAGGAUCUAGGUUCGAGACCCCGGCUCCCCACCUGCAGGGAAGUCGCUUCACAGGCGGUGAAGCAGGUCUGCAGGUGUCUGUCUUUCUCUCCUCCUCUCUGUCUUCCCCUCCUCUCUCCAUUUCUCUCUGUCCUAUCCAAUAACAAUGACAGCAAUAACAACAACUAUAAUGACGAUAAGCAACAAGGGCAACAAAAAGGGAAAAAAUGGCCUCCAGGAGCAGUGGACUUGUAGUGCAAGCACUGAACCCCAGCAAUAACCCUGGAGGCAAAUAAUAAUAAUAAUAAUAAAUAAAAAUAAUAAAAAGAAAAUAAAGAUAACUCCAAGCAGGCUCUGGCUGGGGUUUAACAAACAGGAGAUUUAUUACAUCUUGGAUUAUUUAAGUACAUUAAAACUGUGGCAGCAAAUAGGUGAAAGGGCAAAGAUCAGCUAGUCAUGAUGGCGGGGAGCCAUGAGUCUUGUUCCCAGCGCUCAGCUCCAUGUGCUCAGGCCCAGGUGAGGAGCGCAGGCAAGGGUCACAGGAACAGGGAACAAUUGCCACCAGACACUCACUUAAAUAACUUCCUCCACAGACAAUAACUUGGAUCCACCUGCAUAUCAGAUUUCAGGCUCAGGGGAAAAAAGAACAAGAAAAGGGAAAUAAAAAACUAGUAUAGCCACAGACCCUUUGGAAUAUAACUAAAAUAUGCCUAUUGGCUAUCUAUAAAAUGGAGGCCCCCACCCAACUCUUCAUCUUCACUAUUCCAGCCCUUAGGUCCAAGGAUUGGUCAACUAUUUGUUUGACUUUGUAUGUUAACUCUCUUUUCAACCACCAGAUUCUAGAUGCUAGCAUGAUGCCAACCAGAUUUCCCUGGACAGACAACCCCACCAAUGUGUCAUGGAGCUCUGCUUCCCCAGAGCCCUGCCCCACUAGGGAAAGAGAGAGACAGGCCUGGAGUAUGGAUCAACCUGUCAAUGCCCAUGUUCAGCAGGGAAGCAAUUACAGAAGCCAGACCUUCCACCUUCUGCAUCCCACAAUGACCUUGGGUCCAUACUCCCAGAAGGUUAAAGAAUAGGAAAGCUAUCAAGGGAGGGGAUGGGAUAUGGAGUUCUCAUGGUGGGAACUGUGUGGAGUUAUACCUCUCUUAUCCUAUGGUUUAGUCAAUGUUUCCUUUUUAUAAGUAAAAAAAUUUUAAGAAAAUCCUGAUGGCUCGAUCUGGAUCUGCCUGUCUCCUGGCCACUGGGAGACAGAGGUCAAAAGUGGCCCCAGAGGUCCUGGGGUAUCUCAGCACGCUAAGGGCAAAGUGCACAGGGAGACAAGCAGUCAGCCCUGGGAAAGCCUCAGUGGGACAAUUCAUUUAUUGAAAAAAAAAAGACAGGUAGAUAUAGGCCAUAACUCAGGGGAAGGUUUGGGGUAUCCAUUAACCCAAAUACAGCAAGACAAUGCAUAGUUGCAUUUUUACCGACAGACUGUUUGAUCAUAAGCUUUACAAUGUGUAGGGAAAUUGUGAGGAUAUGGUUGAGCAGGGUGUGGGACCUCCUAUUAAAAUAUGGAAGUCUGGCUAGCACCACCUUUCCUGUUAGUUUCUCUCUACUUGAGAUUGAGCAUGGAGGGAAAACCACCUGCUUCAAAAAUGACCCUACAUACAGCCCAUUUCCUUGUUCUCAAACCAGUUGGUUCAUUGACUCAGAAGUUAUAGAAGUCCAUUUUCUUUUAUCAUACAUGGGCCACACAUCAUUGCUCUGCUCUGUCAAACUAUAACCAAGAACAUCCUCUUUACUCAUCAACCUACUCCGGACCUUCUAAUCCUACAUGAUCUAUCUCCUCUCUUAAGGCUCCUCUCUGUCUGCUAGUUAUUGAUAACCCUACUUCCUUUGUUCCUUUGAUCAACUAAACCCCUUGUUCAACAUUUACUAGGGAUACUCUGAACUUUUCUCAACCUCCCACUUCUCUUUGUCCCUCUUCUCCAAAAUCAUAUAUAGAAUGGAUAAUUUGCUUCCUCUUACAACCCCUUAUAAGCCCUACUUUGCUGUUCAAUAAACGGAUUGUUCAAGAAA